ACACCGCUUCUCUAUUGCUGCACAUUGUCGGGUAUUCCGCAAAACCCGAUCACUUGAAACACAAUAAGCAGACACAAAGGAAAGGACAUAGUACCACAAUAUAUUUUUAAAGGUGGAACACGUUUUUCUUAUAAAAAAAAUACCGUCCGUUUGUGCGUGUUAAGCGUUGUAAAGUAGGUGUUUAACUAUAACUGUCCAACUACAGUAUAAAGUAGCCAUGCAUCUGCACAUUAUAAUGCGCGCUAGCAUUGGAUUAGUCGGUUUCUGUCUGCUUGCCUUUGUCCAACAGCCAGCUCGCGCUUCAGGAGGCAAAUCCACUCAAGAUGUGGAUGAGUGUGCAGAGCAAAUUGACAACUGCAGCACCGAUGCCAUCUGCCAGAAUACACUCAAGUCAUACAAAUGCAUCUGCAAGUCGGGCUACAAGGGGGAUGGCAAGCACUGUGAAGAUUUAGACGAGUGUGCGAGUGAGUACAACGGUGGCUGUGUCCAUGACUGCAUCAACAUCCCGGGGAACUACAGGUGCACAUGCUAUGACGGCUUCCGGCUGGCACACGACGGACACAACUGCCUUGAUGUGGAUGAGUGUUCAGAGGGGAAUGGUGGAUGUCAGCAGAUCUGUGUCAACAUGAUGGGCAGCUACGAGUGCCGCUGCAGAGAAGGAUUCUUCCUGAGCGACAACCAGCACACCUGCAUCCAAAGGCCUAAAGCACGACCAGAGGGCACCAAGGAGGGCCCCACCUGCAUGGAUAAGAACCAUGGCUGUGCUCACAUCUGCCGGGAGACACCAAAGGGAGGCGUCGCCUGCGAGUGCAGGCCUGGCUUCCAGCUCACCAGGAACAUGAGGGACUGCAAGUUGACCUGUAACUACGGCAACGGGGGUUGCCAGCACAUCUGUGAGGAGACGGACCACGGCCCCAGAUGUGCGUGUCAUAUGAAGUUUGCCCUGCAAGCCGACGAAAAGACAUGUGUAGGGGAGAGGAGUCUCCAGAACCAGGCAGCCCCACAGCUGUUCCACAAUGAGACGUGUUUAGUGAACAACGGUGGCUGUGACAGCACAUGUCACGAUGCAGUGACCGGAGUCCGCUGCAGCUGUCCUGUAGGCUUCACUCUCCAGCCAGACCGCAAGACCUGCAAAGACAUUGACGAGUGUCGCCUGAACAACGGGGGGUGUGAUCACGUAUGUCGGAACACAGUGGGCAGCUUCGAGUGCAGCUGCAAGAAGGGCUACAAGCUGCUGACCAAUGAGAGGACAUGCCAAGACAUUGACGAGUGUUCUUUUGACCGGGCGUGUGACCAUUCCUGCGUCAACUCCCCCGGCAGCUUCCAGUGCUUCUGUCAUAAAGGCUAUGUUCUCUACGGUCUGGCACAUUGUGGAGAUAUUGAUGAGUGCAGUAUAAACCGAGGUAGCUGUAAAUAUGGCUGUGUUAACACUCAGGGGAGCUAUGAGUGUACUUGUCCAACUGGAUACAAGCUGCACUGGAACAGGAAGGACUGCAUUGAGCUGGUGAAAUGUCUGCCUGGCCUAGCUCCCAAGACCACUCUGACCUGCAGUAAAACAGGCAAGAAAGAGAGCUGCUCCCUCACCUGCACCUCCAAGGCUCACUAUCUGGCAGAAUCUGACAGCAGCUAUACAGUGAGCUGUGGCAUCCCCAUCCUACGAGGCAAAUCCCCAGCCAGACUGAACACAAGCAGCAGUCCGAGCUGCAUAGAAACAGGGGCCCCUCCAGUGAAGCAGACCGCCUCUUUCAAGAUCAAAGAUGCCAAGUGCCACCUGCACCCCAAGCUGACAGGCAGGGCUGAGGACAGGGGCCGAGCGCUGGGGCCAGGAAGUGGACAGCCCUGCAAUAACUGCCUGGUUACGUUUGUCAACCUCAAAUGUGACUCCUCCAAGAAGGCCAAAGGGCGUCGUGUCCGUAACCCCACCAACAAAGAAGUGACACGCAUCACCCUGGAGCUCGAGGCGGAGGUCAAGCCAGGAGACACCACAGGGAGCUGUAACCUGAGUUGCCUGCGCCAGCGCAUGGAGAAGCAAGUGAAGACAUACAUCAAGGCCCUGAAGAAGUCGAUCAACCAGGAGCGUUUCCUGAUCCGCGUGGCUGGGCUGGAGUACGAGGUGGCCCAGAAGCUGCCCCAGGUCGCCUCAGGCCACCAGAACUGUGGUCCAGGACGGGAGAAGGACAGCGGACGCUGUGUCAGAUGUUUGCCAGGAUCGUACUACCAAGGGGAACAGGAGCGCUGCAUCCAGUGCCCACCUGGCACCUUUCAGGAGAGGGAGGGGCAGCUGGCCUGUGACCUGUGCCCUGGCAGUGAUGGGCAUGGACCUGCCGGAGCACGCAACAUCUCCUCCUGUGCAGGUCAGUGCCCUACUGGCUACUUCUCCAGUGAUGGGUUUCAGCCAUGCCAGCCAUGCCCGUUUGGCUCCUACCAGCCUGACCUGGGACGGACCCUAUGCUUCCCCUGCGGAGGGGGGCUGAGCACCAAACGGGAGGGGUCCAGCUCCUUCCAUGACUGUGAGGUCAAAGUUCAGUGCUCCCCUGGCCACUACUACAACACUACGGUGCACCGCUGUAUUCGCUGCCCUUUGGGCAGCUACCAGACAGAGUUCAGACAGAACUACUGCAUCACUUGUCCUGGUAACACCACUACAGACUUUGAUGGGGCCACCAGUGUCUCUCAGUGCAAGAACCGAGAAUGCGGAGGAGAGAUGGGCGAGUUCACAGGUUACAUUGAGUCGCCCAACUACCCCGGAAACUACCCAGCUAAUGUGGAAUGUAUCUGGAUCAUCAACCCACCCAACAAGCGCAAGAUCCUCAUGGUGGUGCCUGAGAUCUUCCUGCCAUCAGAGGACGAGUGUGGAGACGUACUGGUGAUGAGGAAGAACUGGUCGGCCACAUCCAUCACCACCUAUGAGACGUGUCAGACGUACGAGCGACCUAUAGCCUUCACCGCCCGCUCCCGCAGACUCUGGAUCAACUUCAAGUCCAACGAGGCUAACAGUGCCCGAGGCUUCCAGAUCCCCUAUGUCACCUAUGACGAGGAUUAUGAACAGCUUGUAGAGGACAUUGUCAGAGAUGGAAGACUCUAUGCCUCUGAAAACCAUCAAGAAAUUCUAAAGGAUAAAAAGCUGAUUAAAACUCUCUUCGACGUGCUGGCCCACCCAAACAACUACUUCAAGUACACCACUCGGGAGUUCAGCGAGAUGCUGCCGCGCUCCUUCUUGCGCCUCAUAAGCAGCAAAGUCUCCGCCUUCUUGCGACCAUAUAAGUAGUCACCACAUCAAAUCCCGCCCCUGAAGGACCAGAUCCCGCCCCCCUCUAACAGGCCAAACAACGAACUCUCACAGGACUUCUAACAAGUUGACAAAAAUAACUAUUUUUUUCUUCUAUUUUUUCAUACUGUAGGCUUUGACGACACACUUCACUAUGCAGUCUCAUACUCAAUCUGUUUUGCAGUAUUUAGUUGUAUGCCCUUUUAAUUUCUCCAAAACCAUGCAGUAUCUGAAGCCAACCAACUUGAGUCAAAGUACAGUACAGGCUUUCUUGCCCAUCUCUUCUUUCUGAAUAUUUAUCACAACUCCAAUAUGUUUGUGUCAUUCUAUUUUUUUGUUUGUUGCUGUUGUCAUUCUUGUUUCUAUUAUCAUAUAGCAUAGAUGGCCUUGUCUGUCAUUUUCACAGCAAUCCAUAAUUAGAAGGAUAUGUGUGCAUUUCAGAUGACACAUGUUGUCUGUUUGUUGACUAAAUGGACAACGGUAGAGGCAUUUAUGUCAAACAGGAAGAAGGAUAUAAGGGCAAUAUAAUAUUUUGAGCUGGAACAGGGUUAUCGUAAACGUGCUUUAAUAAAUAGUCUUUCACUUGAAUUCCAGCUUUAACUCUUACCAUGUCAGGAUGAGUCUGUUUUGAUAAAUGAAUAACCUUUUGUAUAUCUAUAUCCUCCAUAAGCAAUCCUCAAGGAGAAGGACCUGUCAGUUUCAUGUCAUUGUUACAUUCCACAACAUUCAAAGCCUUACUAUAUCUGAGCUCUUAGAGCAACUUCUUGUUAAGGUAUUACUGUUAAAACAGUUAUUCUAUGUUUUUUUCUUCUGUCCAGAUUGUAUAACUGUCUGUUACCUACCUACAGAUAUUUUCUGUUAGUCUAUAUCCAAGUUAACUUAACAAAGUGUAUAAAUUGUAGUUUAUAGUUUUUUUUCCAGAAGGUGAUGGACAUUAUGGAAAAGAAAUAUAAAACUAGAUUUGUGAGAAUCACAGGAGAAAGACAGAAUAAUGUCUCUAUGGUCCAUGACUGGUGAGGAGAGAGACAGAGAAAUGUCUCUAUGUUCCAUGACUGUUGAGGGAGAGACAGAUAAAUGUCUCUAUGGUCCAUGACUGGUGAGUGAAACAGAGAUACAUCUUAAUUAAAGGACAAGGUUCUGUGAUACAGAAAAUGUCUUUAUUGGACACAACUCUGUGAGAGAGAGAUAGAGAAAUGUCUAUGAGGGACAUACGUUUGCUGCUUCUUUUAAAAAGGUCACUUUAAUUCUUCAAUUUCAAGUCCUCUUUCUGUGCUCGCAUCACACUAAUAGUCCAUUGCAUUAAUAUAAAAGAAUGUUGUGUUCAGAGAGAUGCAUCAUAAGUAUAAAUACAAUUCUACCGCCUGUCCUCAUGUAAGUUGAAAGACAUAUCACAUUUGCCUCUCCAUCCAUGGAUUACCAACUGAUUGUAAAGUUUUUCUUUCAAUCUAGUAAAUAAUGGAAAAAAAAUUGACACGGUUUGAAUCCUUUUUAAUCGAAAUAAACUUGAGCAGGAUCCCCAAACUAUUUUCUUUCCAUGUCCUCUUCACCCUCUCCCUAAUCCAAAGACCCCACCCCCACCA